GAAGAAGAUAGAACAAACAGAUUUUCUACACAAAAAAAAACAGAGAGCUUGUUACCUUUUGGCAAUGGAGGCCGUACAGUUAUCGACCGUUGCCUCCCGCCAUUUCUCUACUCCUUCUCUCUCGAAAAACAACAAGACUCUCUCUUACUAUUCAAGCUGUCCAGGAUGUUCAACUAAAUCUUUUUGUUCUUCGUGGACUGGCUCAAGCAAUAAUGUCACUUCGCUUUCCUCAAGAAAUUCAUUCACUAAAGAGAUGUGGAGGUGGGUGACUUGCAAGAGUGUUGUUACUUUUAGAAGAGAAAUGGGAGGUGGUGUGGUAAAAGCAGAAAUGUUUGGUCAGUUAACUAGUGGUCUCGAAUCUGCUUGGAACAAGCUCAAAGGAGAAGAGGUUUUGACCAAGGAGAAUAUUGUGGAGCCAAUGAGGGAUAUUAGAAGAGCUCUACUGGAAGCUGAUGUAAGCCUUCCUGUGGUUCGAAGGUUUGUUCAAUCAGUCAGUGACCAAGCUGUUGGUGUUGGCCUGGUUAGAGGAGUGAAACCUGAUCAGCAAUUAGUCAAGAUUGUGCACGAUGAGCUUGUGAAAUUGAUGGGUGGAGAGGUAUCUGAAUUGGUCUUUGCAAAAUCUGCUCCCACUGUAAUAUUAUUGGCUGGCCUACAAGGAGUUGGGAAGACAACUGUUUGUGCAAAGUUAGCUAAUUACCUUAAGAAACAGGGGAAGUCUUGCAUGCUUAUUGCGGGAGAUGUCUACAGACCUGCUGCCAUUGAUCAACUUGUUAUUUUGGGUGAACAGGUAGGUGUGCCUGUUUAUACAGAAGGAACUGAUGUUAAACCUUCAGAAAUAGCUAGGAAAGGUUUAUCAGAGGCCAAAAAGAAGAACAUAGAUGUGGUCAUAGUAGACACUGCUGGAAGGCUUCAGAUAGACAAAGGGAUGAUGGAUGAGCUGAAAGACGUUAAACUGAUAUUGAAUCCAACAGAAGUUUUGCUUGUUGUGGAUGCAAUGACUGGGCAAGAAGCUGCAGCUCUGGUUACAACAUUCAAUCUUGAAAUUGGAAUUACGGGUGCCAUUUUGACCAAGCUAGAUGGGGAUUCUAGAGGUGGUGCAGCUCUUAGUGUCAAAGAGGUAUCAGGAAAGCCAAUCAAGCUUGUAGGACGGGGAGAGCGAAUGGAGGAUCUUGAACCUUUCUACCCCAAUCGCAUGGCUGGACGCAUCUUAGGAAUGGGAGAUGUUCUGUCUUUUGUUGAGAAGGCUCAAGAAGUUAUGCGCCAAGAAGAUGCUGAAGAAUUGCAGAAGAAGAUUAUGAGUGCCAAUUUUGACUUCAAUGAUUUCCUAAAGCAAACUCGUGCUGUUGCUAAGAUGGGUUCCAUGACUCGUGUCAUAGGGAUGAUCCCAGGAAUGGCCAAGGUUACUCCUGGACAAGUUCGAGAAGCAGAGAAGAAUUUAAAGAUAAUGGAAGCAAUGAUUGAAGUGAUGACUCCUGAGGAGAGAGAGAAGCCAGAAUUGUUAGCAGAAUCUCCUGAAAGGAGGAAAAGAGUUGCCCAGGCUUCUGGAAAGACAGAGCAUCAGGUGAGCCAACUUGUUGCCCAACUCUUCCAAAUGCGUGUUCGUAUGAAGAACCUAAUGGGUGUGAUGGAGGGUGGAUCUAUUCCUUCCCUGAGCAAUCUUGAGGAUGCACUAAAAACCGAACAGAAGGCUCCUCCCGGCACUGCAAGGAGGAGGAGAAAAACAGAAUCAAGCAAGCGGUUUGUUGACUCAGUAUCAUCAAGGCCGGGUCCCCAUGGUUUUGGGUCUAGCAAUUAGGGCUAAUUAAGUUGGCAGGCACUGCAACAAUGACCAGAAGUCAACGGAUCAUAGUCACAGUUGUGUUACCAGCUCUUUGAUAUCUCCUUAUCAAGAAGGCGGAGGCGGAGUUCAAAGUCACAUGAGAUUGGAGAGUUGAGAGUUAAUUACUCUCUCCAUGAGAUCAAAUUUUUAAGAUAAGAAUGUUUUCACCAGUGUUCAUGACCCAGAACCAUGUAUUAAGCUUGUAAACUUGUUUAAGAACUCAGACAUGUAUGUAAUGGCAUGGAACAAAGGCUGAGAUAAAAUCAUGUCAUUCUGGUAAUAUUUCUUGUAUACAGAUUGUUUAUUGCUUAUGUUCAAUCUAAGAGCAGGACACUGUAAUUGUCUGUUGAAGGUA